AUGGCCUUCACUCCAGGUGGUAGAGGUGGCAGCAGAGGUGGCUUUGGCGACCGCGGUGGCAGAGGCGGCUUCGGCGGCAGAGGUGGAUCCAGAGGAGGAUUCGGAGACCGUGGUGGAAGAGGCGGUUCCAGAGGUGGUUUCGGAGACCGCGGUGGAAGAGGUGGAUUUGGUGGCAGAGGUGGCUCCAGAGGUGGCCGUGGAGGUGACCGUGGAGGAAGAGGUGGUGCCCGUGGCGGUCGUGGUGGCCGCGGAGGAGCCCGUGGUGGUGCCCGUGGUGGUGCUAAGGUGGUGAUCGAGCCUCACAGACAUGCCGGUGUUUUCAUCGCCAGAGGCAAGGAGGAUCUGCUGGUGACCAGAAACGUUGCCCCAGGUGAUUCCGUGUACGGAGAGAAGCGCAUCUCCAUCGAAGAGCCUUCCUCCGUUGAGGGAGAACCAGCCACCAAGAUCGAAUACAGAGUGUGGAAUCCUUUCAGAUCUAAGCUGGCUGCUGGUAUCAUGGGUGGUCUUGACGAGCUCUUCAUUGCCCCAGGCAAGAAGGUGUUAUACCUCGGUGCCGCUUCCGGAACCUCUGUUUCGCACGUCGCCGAUGUUGUUGGACCAGAGGGUGUCGUGUAUGCCGUUGAGUUUGCUCACAGACCAGGUAGAGAGCUGAUUGGAAUGGCCAAGAAGAGACCUAACGUCAUCCCAAUCAUCGAAGACGCCAGACACCCACAGAAAUACCGUAUGUUGAUCGGUAUGGUGGACGUUGUAUUCGCAGAUGUUGCUCAACCAGACCAGGCCAGAAUCAUCGCAUUGAACUCGCAUUUGUUCUUGAAGGACCAAGGUGGAGUCGUCAUCUCCAUCAAGGCCAACUGUAUCGACUCCACGGUUGACGCCGAGACCGUGUUCGCCAGAGAGGUGCAGAAGCUGCGUGAAGAGCGUAUCAAGCCAUUGGAACAGUUGACUCUUGAGCCUUAUGAGCGUGACCAUUGUAUUGUCGUUGGCCGCUACAUGAGAAGCGGAGUGUAA